AUGCACAAGACUGCAUCCAGGCUCCUCGCUUGGCUCUCCAAUCUCUCGGCUCCUGAACUUUACAGCAUCAGUGCCGCUUGCGUGCUCAUCCUCUGGUUAAUCUACUGGCUCGGCAGAGAUGUCGGUCGGUGGGGAUGGAGGCGCUGCCAUGGCGCGCUCUGGCUGGCUUCCACGUCGCAACAGCCCAGCGCGUGGCGACGCUUGCUGUUUGUCUCUUUACCUCGAACCUUGCAGUGGAUUGACAUAUCAACAUAUCUACAGGCACUGACGGUGGCGUUGCUACUCGCUGCCAAUCUCGUUGGGAUCGGCUUCCGAACACAUUCCUGGCCAGAAGCGCAGAAACGGGCGGGGGCGUUGGCAGUCGUCCACUUUCUCCCCUUGUGCACCGGCAUAACAUUUGGCCUCCCAGCAGAUCUCCUGCACAUGAACCGUCAGACUUUCGCGUGGCUGCAUCGGUGGUUUGGCCGCCUUUGCACCCUCCAGUCGCUGCUACAUGGCUCCGCGAUAGUGUCUAUCGCCCAAACGUCCACUCUGGCCACAUUCGGGUACAUAGUCCCACUCGUCGCAGGGUGUUCUCUUUUUCUCGUCAUGCUGAUGACCCUUCACGCGAUCCGGCAGCGCCAUCCGCAAGUCGUGAUGAAAUGUCAUUAUGCACUAGCAGUCAUGGCCAUUGGCGCCCUUGUUUAUCAUCUCGCCGAACGGCACUCGCUAUAUCGCUGGUACUUACUGGGAGCGAUAUGUUUGUGGCUCCUUGCCAGCUUCACGGUUUGUCUGCUGACCGUGUUGGCCUAUAAGCCGUGGCAAAAAUCUACCUACGAAAUCACCAUGAACGCACCAAAUCGGCUUUUGUGGCUUGAUAUCACGGUCCCUGCCGGAUGGAAGAUGCGACCGGGGCAGUACGUGCAAGUGUGGCUGCCCCGUUCGGGUACGCGCGCUCGCCUGCAGCUGCUCCUCUUCUACGUGGCCGUCUGGGAAGAGGACGAGAUUGACAGCCGAGGGCGCAUCCACAUGGUGGCUCAACCUCGGUCCGGCCUCACUACCAAGCUCUACCAGACAGCUUUGCACCGGGCGGUGCUGGCCAGGAACAUGGCAGAACAAGCGAAUAGUGAUCGAAAAGUCCUUGAUCCGCAAAGUCUGGACCCAACCCUGAGACAGCCUGCCGUCGUCCUUGGGCCGUACGGGUGCGCCGAUGACUUCUCCCGCUUCGGCACCGUCCUAUUCAUCGUCGAGGAAGUGGGAUUCUUCCGAGUCCUUUCAUAUAUUGGAAUGCUCGUAGAGGCUAGCCGUAAGCGCCAGGCGAUGGUGCGGAAACUCGAGAUCAUUUGGCAGGGCGGGGUCUUCGACUAUCCGCGGUGGCUGGUCCUCUGGUUCCAACGAAUGUUUGAUCUUGACAAAGAAGGAUUUAAUAUACUCAAAAUUCACAUCUACUGCUCACAAACGAGCUCAGAUGGCAGCCCGGAGCGCUCUGUCAACACUGGCAAUCGCGUUUGCUAUUAUGAAGGAUCAGCAGACGUGAGGAAAGAAGUGUCACGAUAUGUCCAGGAUCAGACUGGGGAUAUGGCUGUGGCAGGUGCGUCUCUACUGGUAUUUCUGUUUUCGUGGAUAAUCGUCCGCUUUGAGUAUCUACUUACUUGA